CGCUGCAGCAGCACAGCAGUUACACAGUCUUUCGAUGAAGCGACUUCGGUCCAGCGGUCCGUUUCGAUCCUUCAGUACCCGUCGAACAGCGAAGGGGCGCGGAAGCAUUUCCACUGUAGAGCUUUCCUUCUGAGCGGUUGUUGGUGACUUGAGAAUCGAUUUUUUUUGCGGACAAUCGUGCCUGGGAUUUUGAAAGUGUAGUUUUUUAACCAAGGCAGCCGAAGAAUAUUUGUGAGCUGAUUUUGAAAAGAAUCGUGAAAGUGAUUACGGUUGAAUUGGGUCGAACAGUGGUUGCAUUCCCAGUUGAUAGUUGUCAAUUGUGAAAAAAAAACAAAUUUAAAGUGAUGUUAUUCAACACGAAUUGAAUCGAAGACGAAGCAAUUAAAGAUCAGAUAAAAAGUUUUGGGAAAAAAGAACGUGCAGAUACGUAUCCAACGAUCAAAAUUCAACCAUGGGAGCUGACUCCCAAACCAAACCGAUACCGUGCGCAAAAACGGCUGAACUUAUCGAUGCCGCCAUGUCGAACUCUCUGAAAAGCGCCACCCCCACCUGCAACGAGCUGCCGGACCUGAUAGAUCUCCGCGAAGAACUCACCGCACAGGACUCCACCCUUGACCCACAGCAGUUCCAGAAAGCCAUCUCCACCUGUAGUAAUUUAUCGCACGAGUCCGAAAUAGACAAAAAGCUGAGGGACAUCGGUUCACAUACACCGAUCCUGCCUUCGGAGAUCGGAACGGAUUUCAACUUCAAGAGGGAAAUCGUGUGGAAGAAUGUGAUAGGUUUCGCGGCGUUGCACUUCUGCGGAUGGUUGGGAUUGCAUAUCGCUUUCUGGCAGUACUGCGACUGGCGAACGACACUCUACACAUUCUGGCUGAUGUACAUGUCCGGUCAAGGAGUUACCAUGGGCGCCCACCGGUUAUGGGCCCAUAAGGCGUUCAAGGCGAAGCUGUGGUUAAGAGUGCUUCUGUUGUGGUUGCACACUCUGGCUGGGCAGAACUGUCUGUACGUCUGGGUGAGAGACCAUCGACAACAUCACAAGUUCUCGGACACCGACGCGGAUCCACACAACGCCAACCGAGGAUUCUUCUUCUCUCACGUUGGCUGGUUGCUGUCACGGAAGCAUCCUAAGGUCAUCGAAUAUGGCAAAAAGAUCGACAUGUCCGAUCUGGAAGCCGACCCACUAAUCAUGUUCCAAAAAGAUCACUACAAAACGCUCUACACUUUCUUCACCAUUCUCGGCCCCACCGCCAUCCCUGUAGUACUAUGGGGCGAAAAUCCCCUUAUCGCUCUAUUCGUCGCUUAUUUCCUGCGCACGGUGCUGAGUUUGAAUGCCACUUGGUCCGUCAACAGUGCCGCUCAUAUGUUUGGAACCCGCCCCUACGAUAAAUCCAUCUGGCCUGUCGAAAAUAUGUUCGUGUCGUUAGUGGCCGUCGGCGAGGGUUGGCACAACUACCAUCAUGCCUUCCCCUGGGACUACCGAGCCUCCGAGUACGGAACUCCGUUGAACCUGACCGGAACGUUAAUCGACAUUCUCGCCGACUGGGGAGUCAUCUGGGAUCGGAAGACAGCCACAAACAACAUGGUGAAGAAUCGCGUUCUUCGCACUGGAGACAAAUCGCACCACACCUACGGAACGGACGAGGGUCGCAGUGCAUUCACCACCUGGUUCGGCAUUUGGCGUCAUCCAUUGAAUCCGACCUUCAACUCGAUCGAGAAUCCGAAGCCAAAAAUCAUCCAGAGCGAAGGUUAUGCGCUGGCCGAGGAUGAGCUGAAGAAAUCGGAAAUGGAUGACGAAAUCCUGCACCGGGAGGCUGAGGAGCUGCUUCGCCGUCAACAGGAAGAGGAAGAUCAGAAGACUGAAGCCAACAAAAUCUACAAUAAGCUGUCGCAGUACAUCAAAGAUCAGCAACGGCAGCAAGAUGCCCCGAUCACGGAGGAGGAAGACCUUCUGCUGAGCAAUAACAACCUGGAUAAGGCCGACAAGAGUAGUCUCAACGUGAACGGGAAUUCGAAUGUGAUACUGCGGAAAACCGUUCCCAUGAACUAGAGUAGUCGAUGGGGUUGGGGACUGAUUGUAGAUUGUAGAUUUUGGGGGAAUUCGGAUUCCGUUUUUCUGAAACCAGUAGAGUAGAAUCAUCAACAUAUCGUAGGAGACCCAUUCUUAGAACAUCCUUCCCUAUCUAAAUACUAACAGAUUUACAUUAGCCACUAAUGUCAUUUCUUGUAGGUUCGUCAUUUUAAGAGUACUAAUCAAUGUCUACUAUCGGGACGAGUAACGCACUUGAUAAGUAAACUCACAAACGAGCGGUCGGGCAUGGUACGAGUUCAAUUGGCUCAUCAGACAGCAGCAACUUUAAAAAGCCCAUUUUCAAACAACGAUGUGAUGAACUAACUUUAAUCAAACCCUACCUGAAUACCUACAAAAAUAAAUGAUUUUAUUUUAUUAUUAUACAAUUAGAUAUUGCUUAGACACCUUUAACAAGUGUUUACACAAGUGUAGAAAUUUUUUGUUCAGCAGAAUACAUACAUGUGAGUCUUUCCAGUCAAUCAACUGGUCGAAAAAUGAUUAAAGAAACCAAAUAAAUUUGCUUUUCUGUAAAUAAACAUAUUCUUGUUUUGGUUAAAAUUAA